AUGUCGAUUUCUGGUGAUAGCAACAACGGUUCUCCCCAGAACUACGCACCCGUCGUUCCAGUGGAUCUCACUCGCAGUUCCUAUCACAGCGCAAUGGGUCCCCCUCCACAGCAGCACACAGCCAACGAGACUCGCAGCUCCUCCGAGAGCAGCGGUGCUUCUCUAAAAAGCCCCCGCACAGCUCGGUUCGCCGAGGCCACAACAAUUCACUCGCCAAUCGAACCAGCAACUAAAUCUCCUUUCGCCGAUCCUCAGAACAAGAACGCUGGGGGUGGUGUUGCGGAUGUUGGUUUUGGUUAUGUAUCGGCGAAUGAUCCAGCGAGGCAUGUGGACGACUCCCUCCCCCCAGCCUCGCCAUGGAGGGCCGACUUGAAGGUGCCCAACACUGCUCGUUCAUUGAACCCACUCAGCCCUACUUUCCGCGAGGAAUACAUGCUCGAGAAGCAAGAAAAAGUUGCGGAUAAAGAAAACGCCCGAGAUUUGAGAAUCAAACUUCGCGUUCGCAUCGCCAAGAUUUUCCUUCGUUUCGUCAACUUUGGUUGCAGUCUGAUCAUAUUGGCUCUUCUGGCAGUGACUUUGACCGUUUUCAGAGCGACAAAAGCCAUCCCGACGCGCAACUCUCUUCCUGCUUGGGCCGAGGGCACAAACCCAUGGGCUCAAUACAUGCUUCUGGGAAUGGCUUGUGUUUCACUCUUUGCCUGCUUGAUCGUCUUCUGGGCUUACUGGAAAGGUGGUCACAAACGUGCCGAAAAGACCGCCAUCUACUACACCGUAUUCUCCAUAUUCUUCUUCCUUUUCAGUUUGAUUAUGUGGGUUGUCGGUGCAGCUGUCUACCAACACUCCAAAUCAAGUGGGAAUGGUAAAGACAUGUGGGGAUGGUCCUGCGCCCAGAAUACUCGUGAAGAGAUAUACAGCAACUCAGUUGACUACGCUCUGCUAUGUCGUCUUCAGGACUGGGGUCUCGUCUGCGCCAUCAUCGAAGUCGUCAUCGAGGUUCUAGCCAUCCUGAUCUACGCCGUAGUCCUCUACCGUAUCUGGACCAAGCGCCGACUGAUGAAGAGCAUGAACGGCCGCGACCAAGCACGAGAUGAUCUCUACCUCGCCCAACUCCGCCUCCAAUCAGCCCCCAACACGCCCGGCUUCGCAGGCUUCUCAUCAUACCCGCCUAAAUCGCCUUUCGCCGCCGCAACCCCGGUUGACGCAUACUCAGCCGCAGAGAAAGGCCAGGCCCCGAGAUCGCCAACAACAACGCAAUAUGCCUCGCCGCGUUCCCCAACCCGCCCCCCCCACCCAUCCGCGUCCAACAACCUACCCCCCCAAACAGCUCAAGAGGAAUUCGCUGCUCCCUCACACUCCCCGUCCCCGCCUCCCCCGCAACACGUUGCUGCUGCGCCGGGCGAGACGGAAUACGCCGCUGUGCCUAUCCCGGGCGGUUAUACCAGUCCCAUGGGUCCGGCUUUCCCUCCUGCGGUGCACAAGUACUAG